UUUACUAUUGCAACUUAAAAGGGACUUUAACAACGAAUGAGUACUUCUGAAAGGAUUAAAAUGAUUUACUAUUACUCUUCUCUGUGACAUUAAUAGAGCACCAUGAGCUGAUGCGAUAAGUGACGAUAGUACUGGAGAGUUUUCGUCACCAACGUUCAUUGGGGGUCUUGGAUCGGGUAGUGGAAGAUUAACGAGAAACUAUUCCUUAGUACAUUUGGGUCUCUCCUUGAACCUGGGAGCAUGGAAAUCAUUCGUUUUUAUAAAACACCUGGGCUUAAGCCAGGACAGUUGUCAAAGAAAUUAAAUCAAUUGCUGCAAAUAUCAAGCUCAGUGGAUGAAGUCAAGACGGAACUUUGCUACUAUGUCGAAAGCAGCGGUGCACUUAGUGAAGAGGAGAUUGGACUUCUAAAAUGGAUUCUUGUAUCACCUUUUGAUCCACUUAAAGUCACCGAACAGAGUUCUCUGGAGAAUCAUGGAAAUGAUAAAUUGCUUAUCGAAAUUGGCCCAAGAUUAAACUUUGCUACACCAUUCUCCAGCAAUGCGAUAUCAAUUUGUAAUUCUAUACAGUUACAUAAAGUUAAAAGAGUAGAAGUCUCGACAAGAUAUCUUGUUAAGUUGAAGUCAAUCAUUGAUAGCAAGACAGAGAAUAGGAUCGUUAAUGCCUUGCAAGAUCGAAUGACGGAAUGUAGAUAUUUAAAACCAAUAGAAUCAUUCAAUCAUGGCUUCAAGCCUGAAGAAUGGUAUGAAGUAGAUAUUCUACAGCAUGGAAGAAAAGCCUUGGAAGAUGUAAAUGCACAUUUGGGUCUAGCAUUUGACAACUGGGACUUAGAUUUUUACACAGAUCUGUUUGGUUCAAAACUUAAGCGUAACCCCACAAGUGUCGAGUGUUUCGAUUUGGCACAGUCUAAUAGUGAACAUAGUCGUCACUGGUUCUUCAAAGGACGGAUGGUCAUCGAAGGGAAGGAAAAAGACCAAUCGCUAAUCGACAUGAUUAUUGACACCCAGAGCUCGUCGAAUCCAAAUAAUGUUAUCAAAUUCAGUGACAAUAGCAGUGCAAUCAAAGGGUAUGAAGCUAAGAUUCUUCGUCCAAAGGAAACCAGCCAAGCUAGUGCAUUCCAUUUAAAUACACUGAAACAAGACCUCAUCUUUACCGCAGAAACUCACAACUUCCCUACCGGGGUUGCACCAUUCAGCGGGGCCACUACAGGUACUGGUGGACGUUUAAGAGACAUACAAAGUGUUGGACGUGGUGGAUACUACAUUGCUGGAACAGCUGGUUACUCCGUUGGCAACCUUCACAUUCCAAACUAUUCUUUACCUUGGGAAGAGGAUGACUUGCCUUAUCCAGAAAAUAUGGCUUCUCCUCUGGAUAUCAUCGUAGAAGCUAGUAAUGGCGCAUCAGAUUAUGGGAAUAAAUUUGGAGAACCCGUAGUGUCUGGAUUUGCGAGAUCAUUUGGAAUGACAAACUCAUUUGGUUUGAGACAAGAAUGGAUCAAGCCAAUCAUGUUCAGUGGUGGUGUGGGGACAAUGGAUGCAAAUAUGACAACGAAGUUGCCAGCUGAGAAAGGUAUGGAAGUGAUAAAAGUUGGUGGCCCGGUGUACAGGAUCGGUGUAGGAGGUGGAUCAGCAAGCUCCGUAGAGGUUCAAGGUGAUAAUAAAUUAGAACUCGACUUUGGUGCGGUGCAAAGAGGUGAUGCUGAAAUGGAACAAAGAUUAAAUCGGUUGGUUCGAGCCUGCAUGGAGAUGGGAGAUAGAAAUCCAAUUCUAAGUAUCCAUGACCAAGGAGCUGGUGGAAAUGGAAAUGUCCUGAAGGAAUUGGUGGAGCCUGCCGGUGCAGUAAUAUUUACAAAGAAGUUUGAGUUGGGUGAUCAAAGUAUCAGCACGCUAGAACUAUGGGGUGCAGAAUAUCAAGAGAACGAUGCAAUUCUCUGCAGAUCAGAAGAUGUACCAUUACUUAAAGAGAUUGCUCGGCGAGAAAGAUGUCCUAUUAAUUUUGUAGGAACAGUCACUGGCAACGGAAGAAUAAUUCUUUCUGAAGAGGACGACUGCAAUACUGAGAAAUACCUAGACGAGUCUUAUGUACCUGGGAAAAGACAUCCAGUUGACUUGGAUCUUGAACUCGUUCUAGGGAAAAUUCCAAGAAAGGUGUUUUACUUGGAGAAGGAGCACAAAACUUUGGUGCCAAUUCAGUUGCCAAAGGACUUGACAGUAGAUACUGCACUUGAGAGAGUUUUGAGGUUACCCUCGGUAGCAAGUAAACGAUAUUUAACAAAUAAAGUAGACCGAUGUGUGACAGGACUGAUUGCUCAACAGCAAUGCGUAGGACCUUUGCAUACACCAUUAGCUGACGUUGCUGUCACAGCGAUUUCUCAUUUCUCUACCGUUGGUGUAGCCACGUCUAUUGGGGAGCAACCGAUAAAGGGUCUCGUCACUCCACAAGCAGGUGCACGGAUGACAGUUGCCGAGUCUUUAAGUAACCUCGUAUUUGCUGGAAUUUCUGAUUUGAAGGAUGUAAAAUGCAGUGGUAACUGGAUGUGGGCAGCCAAAUUGCCAGGAGAGGGUGCAGCAUUGUACGAAGCUUGCGAAGCAAUGUGCUCAAUCAUGAAAGAGUUAGGAAUUGCUAUCGAUGGAGGAAAAGAUUCCCUUAGUAUGGCUGCUCGAAUCGGAAAGGAUGUUGUUAGGGCACCAGGAACAUUGGUGAUCUCUUCGUAUGCUCCGUGCCCUGACAUUCAAAAGGUUGUCACCCCAGAUCUUAAAAGUCCUUCCAUUGGAGAAGAAGGUUGCAUUCUCUACGUAGACUUGUCAAAUGGCAAGAGUCGUAUCGGAGGCACUGCUUUAGCUCAAGUCUUCCGACAACUUGGUGAUAGCGCACCUGAUGUAGAAGAUGUGAGAGCAAUCAAAAAUGCUUUCAAUGCCACUCAAUCGUUAAUAAAAGAUGGGAAAAUUCUGUCAGGCCAUGACGUGAGUGACGGUGGUUUGAUAACCUGCAUUUUAGAAAUGUGUUUCGCUGGAAUUUCCGGCGUAGAAAUCAAGAUAUCACACAAAUCAGAAUCGCCGAUAAAUAUCCUGUUUUCGGAAGAAGUAGGUUGGAUUUUGGAGGUGCAUCAGCGAGACAUAGAUUACGUUCUUGAAACGUUCAAACGAUACGACGCUCCCAUUUAUGCUAUUGGAAAAUCCAAGGGCUUUGGCCUACAAUCUAAAAUCGUUGUAUCGGUAAACAAUGAAAUUGUUGUUAAUUCGUCUGUAUUCCCUCUAAUGAGUUUAUGGGAAGAAACAAGUUAUCAAUUAGAGCGACGCCAAACAAAUGUGAGUUGUGCGGAGGAAGAAUAUAAUGGAUUAAGUGCACGAAGUGCCCCAGCGUACAAGUUGACGUUUGACCCUGAUAACUAUACAUUCCUAAGUCAUAAACAUUUAACUUCUAAUAUUCAGGUCGCUGUGAUUCGCGAAGAAGGCACUAAUGGGGAUCGAGAAAUGGCUGCAUCAUUAGUUGAAGCUGGUUUCGAAGUUUGGGACAUAACGAUGCAAGAUUUAUUAAAUGAACAGGUGUCAUUGGAUGGGUUCAAGGGCGUUAUUUUCCCAGGUGGAUUUAGUUACGCUGAUGUUUUCGGAUCUGCUAAAGGAUGGGCAGCAAGCUUACUGUUUCACCCAAAAUUGGAGAAACAAUUGCAAGCUUUUGUGAAGCGACAGGAUACGUUCAGUUUAGGAGUGUGCAAUGGAUGCCAGUUGAUGAGUCUUCUGGGAUGGAUCGGUGGAGAGCCAAGUUAUGAAAAUAGAAACCCAGAUAUUGUUCUCGAUAGCAAUAAUUCAGAGAGAUUCGAGUGUAGAUGGAGUACCGUAAAGAUUGAGAAAUCACCAUCUAUUUUACUAAGGGGCAUGGAGGGCAGUGUAUUUGGAGUUUGGGUUGCACAUGGCGAAGGGAGAUUUACAUUCCGAAGUAGUGAUGUUUUAAAGAAACUAAAACAGCACAAUUGCCUUGCCAUAAAGUACACCGACGAGCAGGGCAUCCCAACCGAGAAAUAUCCUCUCAAUCCAAACGGCAGUAUUGAGGGAAUAGCUGGAAUUUGUUCUGUGGAUGGCCGACAUCUAGCAAUGAUGCCUCACCCAGAACGAUGCACACAGAUGUGGCAAUGGCCGUGGAUGCCAGGAAAUUGGAGUUAUAAGACGUCACCUUGGUUACGACUUUUCCAAAAUGCACACGCAUGGUGUACAUCUCUGUAG